UUCGACCAUCCGACUUUAUCUCUCGACCCCCCCAUUGAUGCCACCUAACUAUGCAAAUGCCAGAUAAUUACUGAUUCCACGAUCACAACUCCGAUCCCGGUUCCCAACUAAGCCAUCUUUCGUCGCGUAGAUUUAGAUCUCUACGCAUCCGACCAAGAUGCAUUUACCGGUGCAGUCGUUAUCCAUUGCCCUACUUCUAGCUCUCCCUGCCGCCGUGCGCGCCGUCUUCAAGGACGAGGUCGAUCACAUCGACUUCCACCACGAGCUCCUGGGCGUUCCCCAGCGCGAGACUACCUUCUUCCACCGACCGAGGCCCCAGGAAAAGGCCAGUCUGCUGUAUACACUUAGCGAUUUAGGUGUUCUAGGCGCCGUGAACCCUGGUAAUGGCGCUAUCGUGUGGAGACAGUUGUUAAAUAAGAAUGUUACCGAUGGGGGUGGCCAUCUACGAGCUGGCGAGGACGAGACGUGGCUGACGAGUGCUCUGGGAAGCUCAGUUCAUUCGUGGGAUGCUAUUAGCGGCCGCAAUGUCUGGACGCUGGACUUCGACGGAGCUGUGAAGGAUCUGGAAAUUAUGGAAUUGACCGAGAAAGGCCACAAGGACGUAUUGGCGUUACAUCGGGAAGACGGCACGACGGUUGCGAGAAGAAUAGACGGCGUCGAGGGCAGGGUGGUAUGGGAAUUCAGGGAGGUCACUAAUGAUGUGCCGCUGCAAGUCAGCACCAACGUCGAGAAGGUGUUUGUCGUCACCCUACAUGGGUCGCUGUUAUCCUAUACCCUCAAGGUUAUCGCCUUGGAUACUCUCACCGGAAAGAAGCUAGACGAAAUCGUGCUCGGGACGAAGGGCGAGGUGCAGAAGCCCGAGGAUGUCCAGUUCGUCGGGGCCAACUCUGCGGCUCCCGUCGUCGCUUGGACGGAUAACACUUUAUCAAAGCUCAAGGUCAACGUCCUCGGCUCUAAGAGCAGACAGGAGUUCCCUCUUGUGGUCGAUGCCGUUGGUGUGGAAGUUCAUGCGCCCCAUACCCUCCGCUCUUCGCCGCAUUUCCUCGUACACACCCGGACUAAGAAAGGGAGCAGAGCAGAUGUGUUCCACAUCGAUCUCAAGAGCAACGCUAUUAGCAAAGCAUAUGACCUACCUUUGCUCGACGGUGGAAGCGCAUUCUCUACUAGCUCCUCAGCUGCCAAUGUCUACUUCACUCGAGUUACUACCGACGAGGUUAUUAUCACCUCUUCUAUCUCUCACGGCAUCUUAGGUCGCUGGCCCUUGGACACGAGAGUACCGAAACUUGAUGCUAUCCACGGUGUUUCCGAGGUCAUCAAGAAGUCCGAAGAUACCUUCGCCGUCCGGUCGGCUAUUGUUACGGAUGAAGAUGACUGGACUCAAAUUGUCAACGGCGACGUAUCUUGGACUCGACCUGAAGGUCUGAGCGGCGCAGUAGCUGCUACGUGGGCGGAAAUUCCCGAAUCGGAAGACCUGGCGAAAACGUUAGAGGCCGAGGCGCAUACCGACCCCUGGUCCGCCUUUGUGCACCGUGUGGCCCGUCACAUCGACGAACUGCAAUACCUACCCGCGUACCUGAAAACUGUUCCCGAGCGUCUUUCAGCUAGUCUUCUUGGCUUGGAAACCGUAGAGCCUAGCAAAACCUUGACACGAGAUAGUUUCGGUUUCAAUAAGCUUGUUGUUCUCGCGACAAAGCGCGGCAAACUGUACGGUAUUGACACCGGCAACCACGGGAGAAUCGUCUGGUCUAAAUCGGCAAACGAGACUCCCGGAAAGAAGCCCUGGAAUGUGAGGGCUAUCUACGCAGAUGAUGCGAACGGAUUCGUUACCGUCCGCGGAGCUGAUGGGGAAUUCAUCAUCGUCAAAUCUGAUACGGGCAAGACGGUUGAAUCGAUGCCGAUUGGUUUGUUCCCGCCUGUUGAAAGUGCUGUUGUAGUGGACAGCGACGCUGGACCCUGGUUACUACCUAUCGGUGAAGGUGGGAAGAUUGCUGAGUUGAACAGCACAUGGGCCCCUAAGCAAACUAUCGUCACUCGCACAAGUGACGGUGGAAUCCGGGGGGUGAAAUUUUUGACUAAGGGCGAACAAGCUGUCGCAAUCUCGACUUGGACCUUCAACCCCCCUGCAGGACAGAAGAUUGUUGAGGUAGCAAGCCGAUCUACGCACGACCCCAUUGCAUCUAUAGGCCGAGUAUUAGGAGACCGAACUGUCAAGUAUAAAUACUUGAACCCUAACACCCUUGUGGUAGCAACGGUUAACGAACAAACGGCUUCACUCUCAGUCUACCUCCUAGAUACUGUAUCCGGACAAGUAUUAACCUCGUCUACCUACGAAGGCAUAGACCCUACCAAAGACAUCAGUUGUGCUAUUGCAGAGAACUGGUUCGUAUGCUCGUUCUUCGGCCAAUACAAGCUGCGAGACUCGCAGUCCCAGCGGCUAAAGGGGUACCAAAUCGUCGUAUCGGACUUAUACGAAUCCGACUACGCCAACGACCGCGGCCCGCUCGCGGACCUUGUCAACUACUCCUCCCUAGACCCGGUCGACCUUCCCACCAGCCCGUACCUCCCAUCCGUCGUAUCUAAAACAUUUAUCGUCUCGGCUCCUAUAACGUCUCUCGCCGUAACCAAAACCCGACAGGGCAUAACGACCCGGCAGGUCCUAGCAUACCUCCCCGAAUCCCGCUCCAUCGUCGGUAUCCCGCGCAUGGCCCUCGAACCCCGCCGUCCCGUGGGCCGGGACCCGACCCCCGCUGAGCUCGAAGAGGGACUUACGAAGUAUUUCCCGGCCAUCGAGCUGGACCCACGCAUGAUGAUCACGCACCAGCGCGACGUGCUAGGCGUUAAGAAAAUCAUCACCGCGCCCGCGGUCCUCGAGAGCACCAGCUUGGUCCUCGCGUACGGCGUCGACGUGUUUGGCACCAGGGUCACGCCUAGUCUGGCGUUUGAUGUCCUGGGGAAGGGCUUCAAUAAGGUUUCCCUCGUGGGCACCGUGGCGGCGCUUGUGGCGGGCGUGGGGGCUUUGAGACCUAUGGUCCGGAAAAAGCAGAUCGAUGCUCGAUGGAAAGCGUAGGCAGUUGAAUGGGGAUUGGAAACGAAGUGAUGAGGGAGGGAGGUACCUAUUUACCUAAAAUAUUAAUUGGGAUAAAUGCGUGGAUGGAAGAAGAAGAAGUAUCAUGCCGUGGAAUGAUUACUUGGGGAAAAUGCGGCAUGCGGCAUGCAAUUGUACACUAGCAAGUAAGUAAUGUGAAGGGAAGAGAAACAGGAGCGAAAGAGAGAGACGGUAAGUCAGUGGUAUCACGAUAGGAUAUCAUUAUAAAUACCAGGUACAUAAAUGAUCAGUUAGAUGAUGCUGCACGCUGGGAAAUGUCGAAUAUAUGAUUAAAUAAAAGGUAACCUCAUCUUAUGUUAAUUUAUCAUCCA